AUGGAUAGAGAAGACGAAUACUCACAGAACUCGGCGGUGUUCUCAUUUGAGAAUGCCAGCCAGAUAAGUAUAAGCACCAGCCAGCCAUUCCACCACACACAGUACAACUCUGAGAACACGCCAGACAUAGUGGAGGACAUGAAGUCAACAUACACCCAAGAGAACAUGCGUGUAGUGUGGGGGACGACAAUCAACAUACAGGAGACAAUAGACCUCUUUAAGGAGUUUAUACGCACACAUGUAAACGCGGAAGGGGUGCCUGUGUACAUGAACAGAAUAGAAGAAAUGUACGAGCUGGAGAAGUACGUUAUAACGCUGGAUUGCAUGGACUUAAAGGGCACUCCGUACGAAAAAGUGCGCAUGGAGAUACUUUCAUAUCCGGUCGAGGUCUUUCCCCUGCUGGAAAUAGCCAUAACGGACUUGUACCUGGAAAAGUACCCGUCGACGCCCCCCGUCAUUCGGGUUAUUAUAUCGAAUGUGGGCAACCACAAGAACAUCCGGGACCUUCUUCCUAUGGACGUAGACACAACAGUGGAAAUAACAGGAAUGGUCACCAAGACCAGCGGAAUACUGCCGGACAUCACGACAGCAGCGUACACGUGCGCAAAGUGCAGCGAAGUCACGCGCGCAGAGGUUGUUCGCGGCGUUAUUUCCGAGCCUGUGGACUGCGCCUGCGGGGGAAAGUUCACCAUGGAAAUGAACAGCGCGCUCUCGACCUUCCAGGACAAGCAGGUCAUAAAAAUACAGGAGCUUCCAGAGGCGGUUACAGACGGGCUUGUGCCCUGCGCAAUAACUGUUUUGGCGUCCCACAUACUCACGGACAAGCUCGUGCCUGGAGACAAAGUUACGAUAACGGGAGUCUACAGAGCAGUCCCAUUGAAGCUAAACUACAUUCAUAGAACAAUCCGCAGCUCUUUCAAGACAUACAUAGAAAUGGUCAGCUACAGAAAGCUCGCGCACCCAAAGGAGAAGUUCACAGCGCUGGACAAAAUUGAAGAGCUGAGAAAGUCUGAGGACCUGUACGAAAAGCUGGCCGCCUCCAUAGCGCCGUCCAUCUACGGGAUGCUCGAUGUAAAAAAGGCCCUGCUGCUGCAGAUGUUUGGCGGCGUAACAAAGUCCUUGAACGGCGCAAGGUUCCGCGGAGACAUAAACAUUCUCCUGGCAGGCGACCCGGGAGUGGCAAAAAGUCAGCUGCUUCUGGCGGUGCACAGGCUUAUUGAAAGGGGCGUGUAUACCUCCGGAAAGGGUUCGAGUGCGGUGGGUUUGACCGCGAACGUCUCUAGGGACGUUGACAGCGGGCAGCACAUUUUGGAGUCUGGGGCACUUGUCAUAAGUGACGGGGGAGUUUGCUGCAUUGACGAGUUUGACAAAAUGGGGGAGGGCACGCGCAGUGUUCUGCACGAGGCAAUGGAGCAGCAGACGGUGAGUGUGGCCAAGGCAGGGAUUAUAACAACGCUGAAUGCCAGAUGCUCGAUUCUUGCCGCCUGCAACCCGAUUGAAAGCAGCUACAACCCGAAGAAAAACAUAAUCGAAAACUUGGACAUACCGCCCACGCUUCUUAGCAGGUUUGACGUGGUCUGCCUUUUGCUGGACACAGUCAACAGCAAGAGAGACACAGAAAUCAGCACGCACAUCAUAAAGCUAUACGCUGGCACGGAUAAGCCUGUGGAGGCGCCGGUGGAGGAGCGGGUUCUUAAGGAGUACAUACAGGAGGGAAGAAAAAUAACUCCGAAAAUUUCAGAGGCUUCUGCCCGCAGAAUAUCGCUCGAGUACCAGGAGCUGCGCAUGCUUGGAAACGGGAAAAGCGUGACAGCAACCACCAGGCAGCUGGAGAGUCUGAUUCGCCUGAGCGAGGCGCACGCCCGUAUGAGGCUGUCUGCAACCGUUGACGAGGAGGACGUGGCAGAGGCAAUUCGCGUGAUAAAGGACUCGCUUCUCAUGUACGCAGUUGACCCUGUCACUGGAAGAAUAGACAUGGAGCUGCUGCACACGGGGAAAACUUCGGCCGCCAUAAAGGAGGAAGACGCCCUGAGAGAGCUUAUUAUGAAGUGCAUAGGGAAGGGCAGCACAGUGCAGAAGGUCUUGGAGGCUCUGAACGCAACUGGAAGGGUCCCGGAAAAAACGCUAAUGAGCAUCCUGGAGGAGCUGCAGGAAGAGGGCAAAAUACUUGUAGACGGCUUGUCAAUAACCCCGAAUUAA